AUGGAGAAACAUAGGAGCCCAUUAAAGACAAUGGACUACAUUCUGGAUGGCAUAAGGCCUCGAGGAAGCCCAAGAAUGUCAUAUUUGGAAUACAUAGGUAUGAUUUUGCAAAGGAAGACGGAAAGAUCUCUAUCAGAUCAGGAAUCUAGCAAGGAACAGUGGAAGAAAAGGGAGAUAUUGAGCGAUGCGGUCAUCUUAAGGAAGGAGAUUGGAGGGGUUAACCCGGGUCCAGGGGCUGCUAUUAAAUGUAAGAGGCAGGAUAAAUAUUCAGAGGAUAGGCCCGUUAGAUGUUGGGACAGGUUUGAUCGGUCAGUCGUCCGUUCAGCUUCUCCUAGUGCAGUCAUGAUCAAGGUAAUAAUAUUAUUCAUCGGAGCCGCCGCUAUAUGUUACGGAAGACCACCGCCAGAAGGCAGCCUUCACGUAGUGUAUUCUAAGAUGCUUAGUGAAGUGGGAACGUUGCAAGCAGAGCCCAGGAGUGGAGUUGCUUACGUAUAUUCCAUCACAGCUCCUGAAUCCCCUUCAGCAAUUGAAUCAAGUACCUCGGGAUCAUCAGAUGUAUUAUUUCCUCAAGAAAUUGAUUUUAAUGGUAAAUUUGAUUUCAAAGAUAACCUAUCAUCUUUGAAACAAAACAAAGAGAAGAAAACUGCAUUUUUAUACAUUGAUCCUUUAGACCCGAAAGCCAAUGAGUCAGGAAUAAGCUAACUUUAUGGUCCAGCAUUCAUAGGCAAAGUUGAAAUGAAACUGUGUGACUGAAGUUUUAUUACUUAAAUGAUAAUUUUAAGCUAAUUUAUAAAUGUUAGGUAUUAUUCUGUAGUUA